AUGGAGGACCGGUCCCACAAGGUGCUGCUGGCGCUGGUGAUGCUCUUGCUUUUUGCCGUGAUCGUGCUGCAGUACGUCUGCCCGGGCACCGAGUGCCAGCUCCUGCGGCUCCGCGCCUUCAGCCCCUCCGCCGGCGCCGCCGACCCGUACCGGGCGGAGGACGAGACACCGGCGCGUUUCGUUCCCCGUUUCAAUUUCUCCGCCGGCGAUUUGCUGCGGCGGGUGGACUUCAACAUCAAGGGGGACGACCUGAUCGUGUUCCUGCACAUCCAGAAGACGGGCGGCACCACCUUCGGGCGGCACCUGGUCCGCAACAUCCAGCUGGAGCAGCCCUGCGAGUGUCGCGCCGGGCAGAAGAAGUGCACCUGCCACCGGCCCGGCAAGCGGGAGACCUGGCUCUUCUCCCGCUUCUCCACCGGCUGGAGCUGCGGGCUGCACGCCGACUGGACCGAGCUCACCAACUGCGUCCCCUCCGUGGUGGACAACAAGAAGGAGGUUCGACUCCGGCCCUCCAGGAAUUUCUACUACAUCACCAUCCUGCGUGACCCUGUCUCCCGCUACUUGAGCGAAUGGCGCCACGUCCAGCGCGGGGCCACGUGGAAGGCAUCCCUGCACGUCUGCGACGGGCGAUCCCCCACCACCGAGGAGCUGCCCAGCUGCUACACGGGGGACGACUGGUCGGGCUGCUCCCUGCAGGAGUUCAUGGACUGCCCCUACAACCUGGCCAACAACCGCCAGGUCCGCAUGCUGUCCGACCUGAGCCUGGUGGGCUGCUACAACCUGUCGGUCAUGCCGGAGGAGCAGCGGAACAAGGUCCUGCUGGACAGCGCCAAGGAGAACCUGAAGAGGAUGGCCUUCUUCGGCCUCACCGAGUUCCAGCGUAAGACUCAGUACCUCUUUGAGAAGACUUUCAGCAUGAACUUCAUCUCGCCCUUCACGCAGUACAACAGCACCAGGGCCUCCAGUGUGGAGAUGGACGAGCAGACGCAGCGCCGCAUCCAGGCCCUCAAUUUCUUGGACGUGGAGCUGUACGAUUAUGCAAAGGACCUCUUCCUGCAGCGCUACCAAUACAUGAGGCAGAAGGAGCACCAGGAGGCACGGCGGAAGCGCCAGGAGCAGCGCAAGAUCCUGCGGGCCAAGCAGGCGCGGCUGCGGGAGCGGCCGGAGAACGCCUCCAGCGCCGACUACAUAGGGAAUGUGGAGCGGUGGCGGCGGUAG